UUUUUUUUCUUCCUGUCCUGUCUGUGCAUAGAUCCUACAUUGGAUUCUUUUUUUACUUAUUACUAGUUUUGAAGGAGAUACAGGUCUUCAAAGAGCAAUGCUACCAUAUGCAGUGUCUUUAGCUUAUGAGGUUGCAUUGUAUCCUCACACAUGGGUUAGAGAUUUACUGUUGCCAUUGCUGGAGCUACUGGCAAGGAGGGCGGUGGGGGCCUGAGCGUGUAUUUUUCUUUUAGAAUUUAUGUGAGCACACUUUUCCAUUGAGGUUGAUGAAUUCUUUAUCUUUUAGUUAUGUCUUAACCUAUGGAGGGUUCCCUUCUGGGAUUUGAACUAUUUCUACCUCUUGUCAAAGGCAAACAGGUUGCCCUGACCAAAAUCUAGAUCCUUACAAAGUUGUAUUUGCCCAAUUUUUUGGUUUGUGGUCAAUGUUUUAUUUCUGCCAGUCUCCUUGGUCUGUGGUUAUCUAUCUGAUUUUUCUGGGUUCAUAAAGAUUUGGGACACUUUAGUCCAUUUUUUGAUGUGAGGAAGUUCUCUUAAUGUGAUAGGAUGAUUUUUAAUUAUAUUCUGGCCAAUAGGCACCUCCUCUCCACAAUUCAAGUGUACAUUGAUGACUAGGUUCCAGAAGACUCUCUCUCGUCAUGAUCUCAUGUAGCCCAAGCUAGCCGUGAACUUCUGCCUCCAAUCUCCCAAGUGCUAGGAUUUCAUAAUGUGCUAUCCCACUUAGUUCAGUACUCUUAUUCUUAAGGAAAUCUGUCCCUUUACUAAAUAUUCACAGAAAUGGAUGUUGCCUCUGGGUACUCUACAUUAGCUUGGUGUCAGUUUUAUAGUAUCUGGCAACUCUGUAUAUUUAAUCAUUAAGAGACUUGCUGUAUUAUAUCCCAAGCUGGCCCCAGAUUUCUUUUGCUUCAGUUUCCAUAGUAGCCAGGACUUUGCACUGCACCAUCUCACCUGCUUGGGAGCUGUUAUUUAGUCUAUUUUUUAGGAAGUUAUAAUUCUUCCCUAGAGAUGCAUAAUUUUCAUCUCCUUUUCCUUUGUGGUGGGGAAUCUGAAUAUGAUUUAUUUUAUUAUUUUUAGUAAGAACUAAGUUAAUUGUAUAUUCACUUCCAUAUCCUUAUGAAGAUAAAUGAGGCUUAAGUAAUGUUCAUAAAGUAUAAUGUUUGGUAUAUAAUAAGCAGUUAAUAAACGGUAGCUUAUUAUUGUUUACUUAUUUAUUGUCUGUUAUAUGAGAAUGUAAAUCUCAAGAAGGUAGCAUCUUGCCUGUCUUCUGUUGGUUUUUUUUUGUUUGUUUGUUUUUUGUUUUGUUUUUCCUGAAACAGGGGCUUGUGUAGUCCAGGAUAGUCUCAAAAUCAAAGCAUCUCUCCUGCCUCGGCUUCCAGGGAGCUGGGGUUACAGGUGUGCGCUACUAUGUUCAGCUCCUUGUUUGUCUUGUCAUUUACUAGUUCCCAAAACAAUGCUUAACAUAAUAGUUGUGUGUUGGGGAGGGGGGCACACGUGAGAAUGUGGAAGUCAGAAUACAACUUGGACAGGUUGGUUUUCUCCCUACAGCAUGCCAUGUGGAUCGGGGGAUUGAACUCAAGUCAUCAGACUUGGUAGCAAGCACCUUAACCUCCUAAGUCAUCUUACCACCCCAGCAGUUAUCUGAAUGAGUGAAUGAUUGACCCGGAUGCUUGGUUCUGGUUGUGGGAUGAGGGAAAGGUAAAGUCUGAGCUUCUGCAAAUAGCUUCAGUGCUCCACUCACUGUUGUGUCUCUGUAUGCAGGGCAGCCAUUUUGGGGGGUGCUGAUGGAUACCUGCGGGGUCGGCUAUGUUGCCCUGGGGGAGGCCGACCCCGUGGGGAACAUGAUUGUGGUAGACUCUCCUGGACAAGAAGAACUAAAUCAGCUGGAUGUCAAGGCCUCCUCAGAAACAUCCAGUGUGGAGACUUCCAUCGAGAUGUCACUGCCUACUCCUUUGCCUGGGUUUGAGGAUUCUUCUGACAAGAGGCUUCCUCCAGAGCAGGAAAGCCUCACCAGGUUGGAACAGCAAGAUCUUUCUUCAGAGAUGUCAAAGGUCUCAAACCCUAGGGCCUCAAAGCCUUCCGGGAGGAGAGGUGGUAGGACACCAAGAGGCCCUAAAAGGCCUCAGCAGCGUAAACCUCCAUCCACCCCUCUGGUUCCUGGUCUCUUAGAUCAGUCCAACCCUCUGUCUACCCCCAUGCCUAAGAAACGAAGUCAAAAGUCCAAGGGAGACCUGCUACUUCUGAAGUUGUCCAAAGGCCUAGAUCAGCCAGAGUCUCCACAUCCAAAGAGGCCCCCUGAGGACUUUGAGACCCCUUCUGGGGAACGACCCCGCCGAAGGGCUGCCCAAGUGGCACUUCUGUACCUUCAGGAACUGGCUGAAGAGCUCUCAACAGCCCUGCCUGCUCCACUGUCAGGUCCUAAGAGUCCCAAGGUGAGCAGCCCCACCAAGCCGAAGAAGACCCGGCAAGCAACCUCUCAGGGUGAUGAAGAUGGCAGCGCUCGGGAUGAAGACUUUGUUCUUCAGGUCGAGGGUGAAGAUGAGGAAGAAAGUGAGGCCCCAAGUGAGAACUCAUCUGAUCCUGAGCCUGUUGCACCCCGAAGCACCCCACGAGGACCCACUGCAGGGAAGCAGAAACCACAUUGCCGGGGCAUGGCUCCCAAUGGCUUACCCAAUUACAUCAUGGCUCCUGUUUGGAAGUGCCUGCACCUCACCAAGGACCUCCGAGAACAGCAGCAUUCAUUCUGGGAGUUUGCUGAAUGGAUUCCAGUAGCCUGGAAGUGGCAACUGUUAUCGGAACUUGAAGCAGCUCCUUACCUGCCACAGGAGGAGAAGUCCCCCCUGUUCUCAGUACACCGUGAAGGAAUUCCUGAGGAUGGCACAAUCUACAGAAUAAACAGAUUUAGCUCGAUCACAGCACACCCAGAGCGCUGGGAUGUGUCCUUCUUCACAGGAGGACCACUCUGGGCUCUAGACUGGUGCCCAGUGCCUGAAGGGUCAGCAGCCUCACAGUAUGUGGCCCUUUUCUCCAGCCCAGACAUGAAUGAGACACACCCACUGAGCCAGCUUCAUUCAGGCCCUGGGCUGCUGCAGCUCUGGGGCCUUGGGACAUUGCAGCAAGAAAGCUGUCCUGGCAACAGGGCCCACUUUGUCUAUGGGAUUGCCUGUGAUAGUGGAUGUAUCUGGGACCUCAAAUUCUGCCCCAGUGGGGCAUGGGAACAUCCAGAAACCCCUCGGAAGGCUCCUCUCCUGCCUCGGCUGGGUCUUUUAGCCCUGGCCUGCUCAGAUGGGAAGGUACUGCUGUUUAGUCUGCCGCAUCCUGAGGCCCUCCUGGCUCAGCAGCCUCCAGAUGCUAUGAAGCCUGCCAUCUACAAGGUACAGUGUUUGGCAACCCUUCAGGUGGGGUCUGUGCAAGCUUCAGACCCCUCUGAGUGUGGUCAGUGCCUUAGCCUGGCUUGGAUGCCUACCAGGCCCCACCACCACCUGGCUGCAGGAUACUAUAAUGGCAUGGUGGUUUUCUGGAAUCUUCCCACUAAUUCACCCCUCCAACGGAUACGUCUCUCUGAUGGCUCCUUAAAGCUGUACCCCUUCCAGUGUUUCCUAGCCCAUGACCAGGCUGUUCGUACAAUUCAGUGGUGCAAAGCUAACAGUCAUUUCCUGGUUUCUGCGGGGAGUGACCGGAAAAUCAAAUUCUGGGAUCUUCGGCGACCUUAUGAACCAAUAAACUGUAUCAAGCGCUUCUUGAGUACAGAGCUUUCCUGGCUGCUCCCCUACAAUGGUGUCACCGUGGCUCAGGACAACUGCUAUGCCUCUUACGGACUCUGUGGAAUUCAUUACAUCGAUGCUGGUUACCUUGGUUUUAAGGCCUACUUUACUGCUCCACGAAAAGGCACCGUCUGGAGUCUUUCAGGUUCAGACUGGCUCGGGACAGUAGCUGCAGGAGAUAUAUCUGGGGAGCUCAUUGCAGCUAUUUUACCUGACAUGGCAUCAAACCCAAUUAAUGUCAAGAAACCUGCAGAAAGAAGAUUUCCUAUCUAUAAAGCAGAUCUGAUAGCAUACCAGGACAGCCCUGAAGACCAAGAUUCCUCGGCCUCCUCUGAGACCCCCAAUCCUCCCAAAGCGAGAACGUACACUGAGACCAUCAAUCACCACUACCUACUCUUUCAGGAUACAGAUCUGAGUUCCUUCCACAAUCUACUCCGUAGAGAACCGAUGCUGCGCAUGCAGGAAGGAGAGGGGCAUUCUCAGCUUUGCCUGGAUAGGCUGCAACUUGAAGCUAUUCACAAGGUACGUUUCAGCCCAAACCUGGACUCCUAUGGAUGGCUGGUAUCUGGGGGGCAGUCAGGGCUGGUUCGGAUCCAUUUUGUCCGUGGACUCACUUCCCCGCUGGCCCACCGUGUACAGCUUGAAAGCCGAGCCCACUUCAAUGCUAUGUUCCAAACCACCUUUUCAACUGAAGGGCCUGGUUUCUCUCCAACCAGCCAUUGCCUUCCCCCCAAUCCCUAGUCUGGUCCACACAGAACUCUUGGAUUGAAGUCUGCCAAGAACAAAUGACCCCCAUGCACAGAGCAUGGGACCUGGGCCCUUCCUGGACAGUGAUGGUGCCAGGCCUAGAUCUUUAGGCCUACCUGCCCAGAACUCCUUAAAUCCCUCUCCUUCCACAGACUUCUAUGGUCACAGCUCCCUGCAGGUAGGGGGGCUCCCCCUCCACAACAAUACCUAUGCCUAAAACCGUGGCUCACAAGAAACACUCAGGCCUGACCUAGGCUUGGGAGUCAAAUUGCUCAUAUUGAGCAUAUUGUGAAGGAGGUAAAGCUAAGUAAAGGUACUGGGUGUUUUUGAGACCACUUGUGAGUGGGUGUUUGGAGAGUCGGAAAGGAUCUUCAUGAAGGCUCCUGUCGAAUUCCAGGAUUUGAUGUUAUUGCCUUCCAAUCUUCCUCUUUAGAAUAACCAACACACAGGCCCAGUGGGUGACAGUAAUUUAUUGGACUGAAGCUGUUUGUUAUACUUUAACUGAGGAACAUCCUAAGCUCCCUAUCAGUAGGACAGCGGCCAGCUCUUAGUUGCUCCUGCUUAUGAAAUAUCCCAAUCAUCGGUCAUUUGACACUACUUGAACACUCCUAGAUAGUAGUGUUUUUAAAAUUUUUGAAGCUGGGUAUAAUGGUGCACACCUGUAAUCCCAGCACUUGGGAGGCCGAGGCAGGAGGAUCAUAAUUUUGGAUUCAGUCUGGGCUAUCUCAUCAAACCAAAAAGUAAGAAAAAAUCUUCCUUUAUAUCAAGUCAAGAGUAUACCUCUAUUAAUUUUACUAAUGGUUGUUAGGAGAUGUAGUCAUUCCCUGUGAGUGCCCUUUUCAGUACUUAACAGUAGCUAUCAUGUGUUUCUCAAGUCAUUUUUUUUCUCUAGAUUAAAUAUCUUUAGUUAUUUCAAUCAUUCUUUUACAAGUCAUGAUUUUUGAUCUUCAUGAUAUGGUCACACUGUUGACAUAUUAAACAUGUUUAAACUGUGUAGAAAGUAUUUAGAACCCAAUAAUGUAUUGUCAUCUGGAUAGAGUCCUCUCGUGGAUAGCUGCACCUCAUAUGACUGAUACUGCCUCGAAAACACAGGCAGCCCAGUGAUGGGAAAUGGUCAAGUCACAGCCAUGGAACACGUAGGGGUACAGACUGAGGUUUGGAAGGAAGUAGUUAGACCAUCUUACUAGGAAAUAGGAAGCAAAUAGGUCACCCGCUUCCUCUUGGAAGGGAUGCAGUCUAGAUUAGUAUUGCCUGAAACAAACCUAGACUUUAGCACACUCAAGUCUGGUCUGUCAUAUCUGGGAACAGCCUUCUGCCUGAGUAAUAUAAAAGAUUUAUCAAAUACCAGAAAAUCUUUCGGAAGAGAAUCAAGUAGUUCAGUCCCCUUCCUAUACAAAAGAGAAAGCAGGCCUGUAGGAAACUCGGGUCCUUAAGCCACAGAAGGACCACAACCCAUGUUGGUGUGAAGGAGCCAAGUGUUGUACCAGUCUGUUGUGAUCCAGCUUAGGCUGUGUCAGGCUUGCUUUUUGAACUAAUAAAGAAGUGCCUUCCAUUGCA